AUGGAGCCCAUUUUCAGAUUAAAUGAACCUUUAAUGAAAGAGCUGGCCCUGCGGCCCUCUAAUGAGGCGCUAUACUUCAACCGUGACCGGAAGGAGGCCCCUGCCACUGCCCUGGUCAAGAGCCCAGAUCAGGUGCAGUCUGAGGCGAGAGAUCGGGUGAGAAGGAUGGGAGGUGACCCUGCUGAUCACCGGCAGGUGCUGGCCUUGAGCGAGCUGCAGUUUGGCCAGUACAGGGGACUGACAUUCAGGUGGUUGCUCGGCAAUGAUGUGGGAUACGCCGUGACAAUCAUCGUGUCCCACGAGGGAGAGAGAGAGAAAGGGGGCAUGAGCCUGCAGAGUGCCCUCAUGGUCCACAAGGACGCCCUCGUCUCCUAUGCCAGGCUGUUCCCGUUGAUGGUGGCAGCCAUCGACAGGCGUAGGAUGCUCGAGGGCAGCCCCGAGACCAUGAGGGGCCUGGACGACACGCUGGUGGGGUUUGGUCAUCACCGUGACCUCACCUACAAGGCCCUGUACGAGUCAUCGGACCACCAGCGGUCAUCCUAUGUAAAUUUUGUGAGGAAGGUAAAGGUCAAGUCUGAAGUGUCCAUGUUGGCGGACCUAAAAAAAUAUGUGCUGGCCCGGGAUGCAGAGAAAGCAGCCCUGGUGGGAGCUCGGAAGGCAGCCGAGGCAGCACACCCGCCCCUGGACGCCGGUGAACCAUCAGACGCCGGUGAACCAUCAGACGCUGACCUGCUUGCUGUUGCCAUGGAGGUGGAACCGGGCGGGGAUGCUCCUCCAGCUGCGUCCCCCGUCUCUCUGUCACAGCCACCACAGCGUCCACUUGCCAGAGACACCUCUGGGGAGAGGUCAGCCCCCGGCGCACAGUUCCUCCCACGUGGCUGGAGGCAGACGCUCCCUGAGGAGCAGCACGACUGGGUGGGCCGGGCGCUGUUCAGGAGGGCACCCAGCGGGCAGGGCGGCGUCCUCACCACAGAACUCCGCCUCUGGUGGCAUCCACCAGGCCCCCGGCCCCUCUACACCCAGCGCCCCGCCACAGCCCACCCCUUCUUCCAGCGCCCCUUCUUUCUGUGGGUCCCCUACAGGAUGUGGGCAUACCGCCUCCGCUGCCCCGUCGCCGCCUGUGGGGGCAAGCUUGCGGGCGCUGGCCUCUACAAAACAGUGAGGAGGGUCUUGGACAGGAGCGGCUGGUAUUUCAUGGGCACGGAGUACCUGGAAUGCAGCUCCUGUCACAAGCGGGUGCCAGGCUGGUCGCAGGACAUCUUGGAACAGCUGGAUAUUGCUCAUCGUGAGGAGUUUCCUGCUGUUCUCACGUACAAGCUGUCCUGCGACCGAGCGGUGAUAGGGCUCAUGAAGGAGCGCACUUUGGGCAACAGUGCGUCUCGCCUCCGUGCCUCUCUGGUGGAGCAGCACACCAAAGAGUGGAUGGCGCGGUCGAUGCUCUACCUUUCUGUGCUCCGCAAGCUUCUGGCACCGGGCGCGACGCUGCCGCUGGCGGGGGUGUCGCUUCCACCCAUGCACCCGGUGCCCACUGCGCUCUGGCUCAUAAAUGUCUAUGUGAGGGAAGCCUUGUCGAGGCUGGACGAGACACGAGCCAGAGUGACUUCCAUCUUUGGUGAUCUUUUAAAGAUGGACUCCACCAAGAAGAUCACCAAAAAGCUUGCGGGCGGUGCCGCUGGAACGGCUGCCUGGGUCACCAAUGUCGGCAACGAGUACGGGCAGGUGCUCAUGUCUGUCCUCACCGCAGCAGAGGGGGACGGACUUGUCGACAUGGCAGCCGGACUGAUGAGGCGGUACCGCUUAGCCGGGAAGGCCCCUCCAAAGGUCCUGUACGUGGACCGAGACUGCUGUGUCGCCGCGGGAACGUCUGCAGUCCAUCAGAUGUUCCACGAGUGGCACGAGCUGGUCGUCAGGCUGGACGUGUGGCACCUCAUGCGGCGCUUCGCCAGAGGGGUGACCACCGACAGCCACCAGCUCUACGGCCUCUUCAUGGCGAGGCUUUCCUUCGCCAUGUUCGAGUGGGAUGCCGGAGAUGUGUCCCGCCUGAAAGAGGCCAAGCAGUCAGAGGAGGGGGGGGACGUCCAGGAGGUGAAGCUGUCGGCCAAGGAGCUCGCCCGUCACUGCCGGUGCCGCACCAGGGGGGCAGCGGAGACGGAGCGGCUCCUCCAGGAGGUGCUGGACGCCUUCUGGGACAUGACGGACACCAUGGGCGUCCCCUUGAUUGACCGCGCCCGCAUGGAGGAGAUCUGGAGCACGCAGCGCCGCCACCUCGACUGCAUCCAGGACCCAGAGGGGGUGGAGCUGUACACCCAGACGGGGGAGCUCACCAAGGGCGGAGUGAAGCUUCCCGUCUUCCGGUGCGGACGCGGCUCCACUUCCCUGGAAUCGUUCCACCUGCACCUGUGCCGCUUCAUCCCAGGGCAAUCUGCAAGUGACGUGCACUUCCAGGUGUACCUGCUGGAGGGCCUGGUGCGGUGGAAUGAGAACCGUGGCAGGGCGGCAGUCGAGGGAGGACAGAGGUCGGCGCUGCGUUGCUACAGCGCCCAGCUGCAGCACAGCUUCGACCAGCUGACCCAGGAGCUUCUUGGGCUCACGCUGGUCGACACUUACACCCAGCCCAGGGAGUACACAGGGGAACUCAUCGGGGUGGAGUACCUCUACUCCCAGACCAGCGCUGUGCUGCAGCAGGACCUCGGCGAUCCUGACGCUCCGGGAGGGACUGCUGAGGAGGAGGCGUGGGGGGGAAGUGACGAGGGGUUCGAGGAGGAAGAAGAGGAGGAGGAGGAGCCAGAGGAGAUUCGUCUCCUAGAGCACCACAGCGCUCUCCUCCAGUCCGCAAACCUCGCCCGCCCCCCUGUAUCCCACGCUGAUCUGAUGAAGGUGCAGCAGGCUGAGGAAGAGGAGGAGGAGGACGUUCUCGGGCCAGACGGUCGUGGCGGCUACCAGCACGUCGUGGCCCUGGCCCAGGCCCUUGUCAAACUGCGCCACCGACGUUACGUCACUCCCCGACAAGCCAGAGAGAUCACUGCUCUCUGGCAGAAUAUGUCGGAUUGGGACAAGGUGCCGGUGAAAUUCACCCCCAUGCACAAGGACCGGCUUGACCAGGGCCGGUUCAAGACCUCUCAUCGGCACGCUCACACGCCAGGGGUGGACAGUGUGAAGCGUGCGGUCCUGGGCCAGGGGGCGGGAGCGGCGCGGUCUCCGAGCGUCUCCAGGCUAGUGGAGGCUGUGCUGUUGGACCUCAGCAUCCUCCACUGCAGCGACAGCAGGACGAUCGCUGGGGUCCGUAUUCAUCGCUGGGGUGCCGUCAUGAGGGACUACAACAUCAUAAAAGAAAACGUUUAUAGUUGUGCGGCCCUCAAGACGAGCACCUGCAUCCAGCUGUAUGAAGUCAAUCAGCGGACCCUGACGGCAUGGCACAACAAAAGGAGCAAGAACCAGAUGAGGGACAUCAUCGCUGUAGCGGUCCCAGGCCCCAGCCAGUCUGAGCAGCCAGACCAGCCUCUCCAGCACCGCCUGCCAGCGGACGCCUCUGGUCUGGCUGCCACCAUUAGAGGGCCGCUGGCCCCGGAGCUCUAUGACCUCCUCACAGACAGCUCCCACUCUGCCACUGCCUCCUCCUCCUCCUCCUCCGCUACCCAACAAACCUCCACCAGUGCCAGCGCGGACGCCGGCACAGCCCCAUCCACCAGUGCCAGCGCGGACCCCACCCCUCCACUUCCCACAGCCGCCGCCGCCACCGCCACAGUCUCAAGGACCACCGCCUGGAGGCGCAAGCUCCAGGAAGAAAAGGAACGGCGUGCCCGGGAGCUGGGAGAACACCUCAAACCAGCAAGGAAGGUCUCCCACUUUAACUGCAGGCGCUGUGGCCAACCCAAGACCAGGGAGUUUGGCCACACGCGUUAUAAACAGGAGACCUUCUGCUCCCGGGCUGACGACAAAGGGAGGACUGUGGAGCAGUGGCUGGCAGAGGUGAAGGGGCAGAGAGUUCUUUAUUACAUUUUAAGUGGACUAUCAGCAGCCUCCAGAGCCGGCAGCACAGCCAGUGCCGGGGACCAGAAAGAAGUCCACCAGAAAGAAGUCCACCAGAAAGAAGUCCACCAAAAAGAAGUCCACCAGAAAGAAGCCCACCCGUUGUACCCUUCACAGGAGGAAGAUUAG